AAUAAAUACUCUAAAUCCUAGAAUAAAAUAUAUAUUUAUAACCCUAUAUUUUCUUAAAUGUACGCACAGUUAACCAUAUAAGCUGUAUCUGCUUAACUUACAAGAUGUAUCUAAAUCUUGUCCGUAGUAUAUUGUAGUAUAUAUAUAUACAUAAAUAUAUAUGUAUCCCAAAAGAAUAAGAUCUUCUUGUUUAUUCUAGUUGGUUUUCUCUGUUAAUCGUUCGAAUGACUCAAAUAACUUGAAAAAAUACGAAAUGAAGAAUAUUCUAUUAUACUGUAACUGUGCAGCAAAUAAUUCGUAGCCGUCUGGACAAAAAUUUGAAUGAAAAUAAAAGGACAAUUGCACAAUAUCUUACUUAUUCUACUUGAAUUGUUCAAUAACUUGUGGAAACUAAACUAAAAUUGUAAACGUUGUUAAUCCUCCUUCAUAAGUUGGGGGAUUUAUUGACCCAUUUUGUGUGUGUUCUAAAUUUCAACCAGUAAAAAGCCAACUCUUUGAAGGCCUUCUACCCUUUGGAAACUUUUAACUGAUUUUCUUCCAGCUGUGUAUUUCUAUAAAGUAUUUUCUGAAAACCUUAUUUAUAUUGACCUUUAUCAAUAUGACGAAAAAUACUUAAUAAAAAGUUGACAAUAUUAUAACUUGAAUAUCCAGAGGAAAGCUGCAAUGAUUGUUUUUUAUUUAUUAUAAUGAAAUACACAUUAUAAAUUAUUUAAACCUACUUCUAACGUCAUACGACUACAAUUUAAAAUUGUUGUUUUUAUGGGGCUACAAAUGUUUCCUGUCACUAACGUUAUAAAUUAUCUAUUGUUUGAAAUUUUUGCAAGUAUUGUUUAACUCAAUUGUGCUAUUAAUUUCAGGUAAUAUUGAAUACUCCUGUCCAGCUUCGGGUAAUUGCGAAAUAACUAAAAGGCGGAGAAAAGCUUGUCAAGCCUGUAGAUUCCAAAAAUGCUUACGAAUGGGGAUGCUGCGAGAGGGUGUUCGCCUGGAUCGUGUAAGAGGAGGCCGGCAGAAAUAUAAAAGAGUAGGCGAAUGUGUAACACCAAUUAUAAACUCCGUUGUGAAAAAAUCAUAUACGGCUGCUGAAAAUGAUUGCCAUCGUAUGGUAGCCGCUUUAAAUGCCAUUGAACCGGAUAAAGUAUUUGCUAUCCCCGAUCCAUCUUUACCUGAUGGAGAAUACAAGUUAAAUGUGACAUUAUCGGAUUUAGCGGAUCGUGAAUUAGUAGCAACAAUUGGUUGGGCUAAACAAGUGCCAGGCUAG